GGUCUAGUUUAUUUAAAAAUUAAAAGAGAAAAACAAGAGAGGCCCCCUCUGUGAUUCUCUGCAAAGCUGCUCUCUGAAAAAAACAACUUGAGGGGGGAAAACCUCCAGAUCAGCUGUGAUGCAGUUCUAGACCCGCCCCUCUUCUUACAGGCAAAACGGAAACUGGCGACUCAUCGGCCGCCAUCUUGGCUCUGCACCAGCCUUGCUUUGGUUAGAAACAGCUGUGUCCGGAGCCACGGAACGGAGCCAGUUUCCUACACUGGACCUGGCGGAGCGAACGAAAACAACAGCUCAUUGGCUAGCCGCGUCACCCAACCUCCACGGUCCUCUCACGCCAUUGGCUGAUGAUGAUGUCAGCUGAAAAUGGGCCCGCCUCCGGCCUUUCGUGAUUGGUGGUUGGUUCAAAGCAAAGCGAGUUCCUCACACGAUUGGUUAAUGUAAACACGUGGGCGUCGCUAGCUUCACAGUGUUCAGCAGACAUGGAGCGUCAGUCACUAGAGUCAGAAUUUACGGUUUUAUGGGAAAGUAUAACCUCUGAAACUCGAAUCGUUUGCGGCCACAUGUCAUCCGGACAGAACGUGGCACGCAGUUUGCGGUCGCUGUGUUAGCGCGGGCUGUUUGAGGAUGUAAACAAACAGGCUAAUUAGCUAGCAUCGUCCUGAAUGGGGCAGAUGUUUUACAGAUGUUUCACCUGUCUUUUUAUUUCACUCAGGGUUUUUUGGUGUGUGUGUGUGUGUGUGUGUGUGUGAUCUCAUUGUAAGAGAAACAUGAAGAUCUGAACUCACCGUCCCAGGCAGCUGAACAUGGUGUCCACCAUGUGGACCUGUGCUGCUGUCUCCAUGCUCUGGAUGGCUUUGGCAGGAUGUGCAGACAGGGCCAGUUCGUCUGAUCUGAUCGAAUACUCGGCCGCAGACUUCUAUGAGAAGUUACACUCGGGGAGGAUGAUGUUUUUCUAUUUCGAGCAUCACGUCUCUCCUCCCAUCGCCCUGUUUCUGGUGGAGCUGGCCAAGUCCGGCGAGGCUCUGCAGGACUACGGCGUGCUGGUGGGAAAGGUGAACUGUGACAGAGAGGAAGUGCAGACGUACUGCGGCGAUCAGAGACUGAUGCGCACGGCGUUCCUCUUCAGAGGCGGGAAAGAGUUCCUGAGUUUUGAUUUGGACACCGUGUUCGACGUCAACUCCAUCGUCUCUGAAGUCCUGUUUGCCAUUCUGCGUGAAGAGGUGAAGUACGUGCACACCGACGCCGACCUCCUGGCCAUGGAGAAGGCCGCCCGAGGGAAGAAGGACCUGGUGCUGGGCUACGUCCGCAGUCUGGGCACUGCAGAGCACCGGUCCGUGAUGGAGACGGCGUACGUGCACGGAUCCAGAUACCAGUUCAUCCUCAUCACUGGAGGCCCGGUGUUGAAGCAUUUCCAGGUCAGCGAGUCGGCGCUCGCGUCCCGGGCGUGGUUCCUCCACUGCAGAGGCCCCGGCGGCCCGGCGACGAAGGACCGCUGCCCCGUGACCCCGAUGAGGAAGCCUCUGUCCACCCUGAGCCUGCACUCCUUCCUGCGCCUCAUGGAGGCGCCGCUGCUGUCCGAGGUGCACGACGACCCGUCCUCGGUCCCGCCCCCUCCGUUCCCCUGCCAGCUGACCCCGCAGGUCUUCCUCUUCUCCCGGCCCGAGACGGAGCACCUGGACCGGGACGCCGCCGCCGCUGUGGCCUGGAGGCUGCGCGGCCUCGCCCUGCUGCUGCUGGUGCACAGGCAGAGUCGCGUGGUGAAAACGCCGGAGGAGUUUAACGCUGCUUACAGGCUGCCGGAAAAGAGCUCGGAGGUGAAAUAUCUGACGCUGCACGGCCCGGACGAGCUGCUGGAGCUCUUCACACGUCAGGAGGAGGAGGAGGAGGAGCAGGAGGAGGAGGAGGAUGAAGAGGAGGAGGACUUUGGGAAGCUGGACGAUGAAAUCGCAGCGUCGGUGUUCGAACGCGGAGGCGAGACGCCGGACUCGGAUUCAGUCACUCACCUCACCUCGCACAGCUUCCACGCCGCAGUGGCGCGCAGCGGCCUCACAGUGGCGCUCUUCUACCUCCGAUGGGACGCCGUCUCGCUGGCCUUCCUCGGCUCUUUCGUUGAAGUGGCAGACAGACUCGCAGCCCUGGAGGUGGACGGCGUCCAGAUGAGCCUCAUCGACUGCGGCGAGUGGACCGACCUGUGCGCCGCCCAGCCCGGCGCCGCCGUGCCCUUCCAGCCCGUCACCGCCUUCCCCACCGUGCUGCUGCUGCGCCCCCGGCAGGCGGCGCGGCGCUACGGAGGCAUGCUGGGUAGCGAGGCGCUGCAGCGCUUCGUCCUGAUGAGCCGGGAAGCUUCCCCCUCGCUGUUUUCCUCGGCGGACGAGCUGACGCUGUUCCUCCAGUCGGCGCCGCAUCCCGGGGUCAGAGGUCACGGCGUGGAUCGGGUGGUCGGGCUGUUUCCCGCUGACUCGCUGACAGGUGUGUCCGUCUUCACCGACGCCGCGGAGUCGCUGAGAGGAGCGGUGCUGAGCGGACUGCUGACCGGCGCCGCGGCGGAGACAUGGGCCGCCGAGCGCCGCCUGCAGCUUCCCGCCGUCCUGGUGUUUCCGUCGUGGAGGACGCUGGCUCCGCCCCUCAGGCUGACUCCUCCCUCUUCUGCUGAAGAGCUGCUGACACUCAUCCGCUCCGCCCUGCUCCACCCGCUGCCGGAGCUGACGGUGGAGAACCUGCCGGCCUUCCUGGCGCUGGGGAAAGCCCUGCUGCUCCUCUUCGUGGGGGAGGAGGAGGACGAGGCCGGGCUGCGGCAGACCCGGGCGCUGCUGGAGGAGAUGAGAGGGGCGUCGGAGCUGGGAGGCGGGAGGAUGGAGGCGUACCUGCCCUGCUGGAUCCACCUCGGGCGCACUCCGGCCGGCAUGGCGGUGCUGGGGUCCUACCUGGGCUACAUGCCCCCCCUCCCCGCGCUGGUCCUCACACACCUGUCCUCUGGGGACGAGGUCUAUCGGUACCCACCCGAGGACCUGAUAGAGGCCCCCUCCAUCCUGCUCUGGGUGCAGCGGAUCGAGGAAGGGGCGGAGCCUCCUGCAGGGAUGCUGGGGGACGAUCGCUGGCCGCCCACCGCUCCCUUCUACGACUUCCUCCAAGUCAUGGACGCAGAACAAGCCGACUCCAGUCAGGAGGGAACUUCUGACGAGGAGGAGGAAGAGGAGGAGGAAGAGGAGGAGGAAGAGGUCGAUGUGGAAGAACAUCUGACUGCAGAGGAGAUGACAAAUUACAAACCAAAGAAAAACCUUGAGCCUCAUUCAGAACUGUAGCAUAUUUGAGCUGAACAAAGAUAAAUGUGUGUGUGUGUGUGUGUUUUUUUAAUUCAUUCAAAGCACGGUCACAUUUUAUGAAGCUGUUUAGUGAUAUAAAGAAAUAUAUUGUC